AUGCUUUCACUCCGUACCAUUGCUCGUUCAGCUCCACGAGUUGCACGAGGCCUAACCAGUACCGCCAUCAGAACCGCAACUCGUCCAACUCUCCUCCAAGUCGCCUUCCCUGCCUCCAGACUACAAUGCGCAUCAGCAUUCUCAACCUCGAGCAUGAGAGCUAAAUCUGCGUCUCCAGAAAGCGAUGCCGAAUUAGCUGAGAAGCUUGGUGCCGAAAUUCAAAUGGAAGAGGAUAUGAAGAACGAAGAGGACCUUCCUACCAGUGUGAAGGACUAUUUAGAGAAUGCACCAUUUAAACUUCUCGAUAAACCGGGUCACGAAGAAGUGGUCUUGACGAGGAAUUUCGGUGAUGAGAAAAUCCGCGUCUCCUUCUCCAUCGCCGACCUCAACGCCUACGACCCCGAAAACGACCAAUUCCAAGACCGCGCCAUGGCCGACGAAGAAGACACCGACAACUCCAAGCCCGAAGAUCUGGACCCGGAGAGCCCCGCCGACGGCGAAGGUGAAGGCGAAGCCCAAGGGUUCCCCGCCCGCAUAAACGUCAUUGUGGAAAAGAAGAACAAGGGAGCGCUCGCCAUCGAGGCUGUGGCCGAAGAAGGCAUGAUCGUCAUCGAGAACGCAUACUACUACACCGACGCCUUGCACGCAUAUGCUAAGACCACCGAAGCCGCCCACCAACGUCAAGACAUGUACGUCGGGCCUCCAUACGGAAACUUGGAUGAAGAUCUCCAGGUAUUACUGGAGAGAUACUUGGACGAGCGGGGAAUCAACCAGGCGUUGGCGAUCUUUGUUCCGGAUUAUAUUGACAUGAAGGAACAAAAGGAAUAUUUGAGAUGGUUACAAAACGUCCAGCACUUUAUUCAAGCGUAA